AUGCUUAAGAGGUAUGUCGAAGAUCCCGACGAUGAUAUUAUAAGAUGUCGUUGGGCAACAGGUUAUGACGAAUGUGGAAGUAUUUGUCAUAAGUUCAGUGCUACCCUUGACGAAAAUGCUUGUAAAAUCAAUUAUCAGGCCAGCUCCAUAGGCUGGUUUGCAGUCGCUUUAAUGAUAGAGGACUUCUCAACCUCACGACCUACGACACCACUGAGCAAAAUACCACUUCAGUUCCUGGUAGUCGUUUUCAACAGCUCUGGAUCUUGUGACACUGUACCUCAGUUUGUCAAUCCCACACCGGGUGAUGGCACAUCUAUCAAUGUACCUUUGAAUGAAACAUACUUUAUGCAGAUCGUUGUAUAUAUCGAAAACGCCAACAAAGAAAAUGUUUUCAUCGACACUGUAUCGCCUCUUGGAUUCCUCAAGUCUAAAGUAGGAGAAUUAGAUGGCCGGCCUUACUACUUCUAUGUGAACAUAUCAUGGGAACCCCAGAGCGAUCAACUGGGAGACAAUAUAUUUUGUUUCGAGGCAUCCGGUGGUACCGGGUUUGUAUUAAACCGUUCACUUUAUAAAAUAGCUCCAGUAAUAAACUGUACUAUAGACCAGAUUACAUCAAUCAUCCCAUUGGUUUACUACAGCCAGCCAAUAGCAGUUGACGACUUGUCUGAAACGACAGUUGAUUGUUUUCCUGUUUCUGGAUCGAGGUUUUCGAUUGGUUCCACGACAGUUGCAUGCACUUCAAGGGAUGGUGCCAAUAAUACAGCUAGCUGCUCAUUUUCUGUUAAUGUCUCUUCUGAAGUACCAAACAUUGUCUGCCCGGAAGGUCAUCUGUACAAUUCCCCAGAAUACGUUCGUUUCAAUGUCUCCGCAACAGAUAAAGAGGGCGAUGUUGAUAUCACGUGUGACCAUUUGACUGGAAGUUUGUUCAAUGAUACCACGCUAGUUACAUGCGUAGCAACUGAUACUACUGGUAAUCGUGCUAACUGCAGUUUUAUUGUAACCAUAGAUACAGAGCCUCCAGUAAUUAUGUGUCAUGAGGACAAGAUAAUUUCGACGGAGCCUUAUGUAAAGUACACGAAACCAACGGCGACGGAUAACUAUUCAAGUAAUCCAACUGUAUCGUGUCACCCCGAAUCUGGUUCUGUUUUUCCAAUCGGCGACACUCGCGUUGUGUGCACAGCUAUCGACGAAGUCAACAAUGAUGCAUCGUGUUCAUUUCUAGUAACAGUGACAAAUUAUAUUGAUGUGUUCCCACCCAGUAUUACUUGUCCGAUGAAUAUCGUUUCAAAAAGCCAGUCUCCGGAAUGGGUCAUUCCAGAAGCCACAGACGACCAAACGCAGUCACCACUGGUUAAAUGUUCAAAGAGUCCAAGCCAAGAAUAUCCAAUUGGCUCCGUAAAUGAAAUCACUUGUACUACGAGUGAUGACGCAGGAAAUGGAGCGUCGUGUACAUUUACAAUAAGUAUCGAAAGUGAAACAGCUACUAAAAUAAAAAAUAUAACACAGGAGGUGACUGAAGAAAACGUGGAAGAUGUAAGUCAAGAGUUGGACCAGUAUUUAGAGGAGGUUGACGUGUUGGAGCCGGUAGAUGUGGUAGUUACGUCUGUGGCUUUAGAAAAUAUCAUAAGUUUGGGUUCAACUAAUGAAAACGUUACAGACGCUGUUGUUAGUAUUGUCGAUGAGGUUGUUGGAAUCACAGAACUAAAGGUACCGCCUCAGACAACCGCUAGUAUACUAAAUUCGUUUGAAGGACAGGUGGACGUAAUUGCAAAUUCUGGUAUGAAUUACACGCAAGUCGAAGAAAACAUCGCAGUGCAAACGCUAAAUCUUCACUCAAAUGCAAUUGAGAGUAGCUUAAAAUUCGUCGUUGCUGAAAAUAGUACCUGUCUCUUAUACACAUCUUAA